AUGAGGAGCAUACAUGCCAGAAGAAGAGAGUAUAUCAAUGAAAAGCUGCAAACAAUUUAUAACCUGUUAUGUGGGGUUGUCAAUAUGAAAUGCAAGGAUCUCAAUCGUCUUAUGCCAUUGCCCAUCACUUAUGUAGAGUUCCUGUUGAAAGGCCCAGAAGGCGGCGAGAAUCCAUUUCCUUUAGGACUGUCACAGUUGCUAAGGAUUAAUCGUCAAAAGAUGAGCAAAUGUUACCCAUUGAUGCUAUUGACACCAAACAAAUUGAGGACUCCUGAGCUCAUUUGGAAAACCUUCCUCUGCAAUAAUGAUGAAUUACAAAAUUCAGAUGGAUGUCGUAGAUCAUCGCAAGUGCUCAGCUCCACAGUGGCAUCAUUGAAAUCAGUAUUAACUGAAACUGAGGCCGCAGUGUUUGAACUUCCUCCAUGGCUGGCACUCAUUGAAGCUAAGAACACUACAGAACUUCGCUUUCGGCAGAACUGGCGUGGUCAAGUGGGAGGACCUCCUGCUCCCAUCCCGAGGAAGGAGGAUCUCCUACCUCUCCUGGGUGGCCUCGAGGAAAAUCAGCUUGUGGUGCUGCUGGGACUGGACAGCAGACAGCUGCUGGCCAAACUCUGA